UAUUUAUGCUACGGCGCGUAUUUCAUUCUAUGUCCUUAUUGUAUUGGCAAUGGAGUAUCAAUAGGCUAUAAAUAAUAGCAGUUGGAAAAUAAAUUAAAGAAUCAAUUAAUCGACACUGCAUGUAUCUAUCAUGGCAACGGAAUGCAUAAAAAAUUGUUGCAACUUCUUCCGACCCAAAGAGAAGGAAGCUGAACCUCAAGUUGUGAACCCAAGCCCAGUAGUUGUUCGGGAAGAUGUUAAGAAAGGCAUUGGGGUAUCCGAGGACUAUCUCAUGUCAAAACUUCCACCGGAUGGUAAAGAGGUGCCCUUUGUGCUGCCCACUUUCAAGCCAUCGUACAUCCAACCCCAAGGCACCCGAUAUGCCAGUUAUCAGACGGGACAACUGAGCUCAGCCAGGAGUGCUUAUGUGGAGAGGAAAGCUGAGCUCUUGGGGAAGAGUAACACAGCCUACGACCUCGACCCAACAAAUCACUCUGGCCACAUGGUUGAUCACAACUCACCUGGCCCUGUCUGUCGGCCUGCCUUUGAAACUAAAGGCAGUAGUCCAACCUCAGCCCGAGACCUGAGAAAGAGGUUGAGCAGCUCCAUGUUUGACCUGUCCAGUCCUAAUCACCCACACAGUUAUAUUCAGAGAUAUGACUCAGUGUCCAGUGUCCCGAGCAGUGCAUCCUCUGUGAGAGAUUCCUUUGGAAGCAGCCGCAGCCUAGAGUCCAUCACCUUAUCUGGAGAUGAGAAGGAACUGGGCAAGCUGUGUGUCAAGCUGAGCUACAAAGAGGCCCUGGAGCAGGUGUGGAUCACCCUGGUCCAGUGUAAGGACAUCCCAGUGGAGAGCUCUGAGCACAGGGUUGGGAUUAAGGGUGUCAUCACCAUGGACAAGCCAGUGCAGUUUAAGAGCACCCUUAAAGAAGUAUGUCCGGAUGCUUUGUUCAUGGAGACCUUUGUCUUUGCCCUGCCACUGCAGCAGCUGCGUAGCUCUGCGUUGGUGUUGCGUCUGCAGAUGCACACGCCACGCAAGCGUACCCUGGCGGAGUGCGUCCUCUCUCUGAGACAGCUGAGCCCAGAGGAGACCCAGCACUGGCUGGAGCUCAGGCCUCCCUCCAAGUCCCGGACGUGUCACGCCGAGCUGCAUCUGGCCACCUGCUUCCAGCCGGUCAAUGGCCGCAUGCAGCUGCAGGUGCUGUGCGCCCAGAAUCUGCCCUCUUCCUCCUCUCCCCUCACCCAGAGUUUCUUUGUCAAGGCAGAGAUGCACUCACCGGACCUCCUGGUGACCAAGAGGAAGACGCGGGCACUGAAGAUGUCUGGGGGACAGGUGCAGUGGGGGGAGACCCUUCACUUCCCUCUAGCCGUGCAGAACUCCUCCUUUCACAUCUGCUCAAAACUCUACAGCCGCACAUCGGUCAGGCGCAGACACUAUCUAGGAGAGGUGCAUCUGGGAUUUGGCAGCCCUUCUACUGUAGCAGUGGAGCAGUGGAGGGACACCAUCGCCCACCCUGAGAAGGUGGUAUCUGACUGGCACACUCUCACAGUGCCCUGAACUGCCAUGGGCAUAUCUACACCAAACUACUACAGUGGGCCUCAGUUCAUUAGACAUGCAAAUAUGACUGUGCUUUAGUGGCAUGGUGACAUUUCCACUCUAUAAAUGGUAGCAUUUAUUUUUGUAACAUUUUCAUGUUUGUAACAUCAAGUAUUUUACAUCCUUGAGACUGUAUAUUGAAUGGAACAUAUUGGUAGCUUUAGUCAUCCCCUAAUACUGUUGUGUUAAUCAACUACUACAGAUUUUGUUAGCAAUGACGCAAUGAAGGUUCCUUUGAUCGAUGUGUAGAGCUAACGUAAUGUGGUCAUCAUAAAGGGUCAAUACCUUAGAGAGGAGAUGAAAGGUAUUGAAUCAUUUAGCCUUACAGGACCACUGUUGACCAUCUGUGUACUACAGUAGUAGCCCAGCUAGAAUUUGCAAUAGUCUAGUGACUAAUGCUUCAUAUGUAGUUUAAUAACGAAAUUGUAGACAUUCUAUGAAUGGCUUGCACUGUGGUACUUUCCAUAGGCAUUAUGUAUUAUGGACUUUUGUAUUACAUGCAUGCUGGUCCACAGAUGCCUGCUGUGUUACUUUACAUUUGGUCAGUGUGUUUGUGUCAGGUUUGAUGUAUUGAUGGAAACUCUUAGACUGCAGUCUAAUGCCAGCUCGCAUGCAGGCUUUGGACACUUACAACAAAGCAGAUUACACUACAUUCGUGUUGAGAGAUGUUGCUGGCAUUGCUGCUGUUUUUUAUUAAGCAUGGAGUAUUUAAUACUGUAAUAUUUUAUUUUGCUUUUAUUUCCUCCAUAAAAAGCUUGAUAUAAUUUAAAUGAAUCACUUUACAGCACCUUUUUGUUAUACAGUUUCUCUUGUGUUUUCUAUUUUUGUAUUAGGAGGCUUGGUUGAUGCACAUACACACUGUGUGUAUAUAUGAUUUGGAUAAAGUGGAUUAGUGCUGGCUCAAUGGAACUGAAUAUAGGCAUUAGUUGUGUUCGAAUAUAGAACAAAACAUGACAUAAGGUGUUUCGGGACUGCAUCAUUUCCUGUGGAAAAUGUAGACUAGGAAAGGGUGCUCUCUCCUACACAAACACCCACCAUAAGAUUCACAUUUGUUUUGGCCUACUUUCAUGAACUGUGCGGACACAAUUUUCGCAAUUUUUUUUGCGUCAUAUUUAUUCUACCCCAUAUCAAAUGUUCAUUGUCACGGUACAAUAAAGAAACACUUUUAGUGACA